AUGCGUUAUUGCAACAUCAUGCCCGGAAGCUGGGAAGGCCAAUAUAUCAGAUUAGAAGUCAGAAGCGCAAAAAACCUUCAAGUCCCUUCUGAGCGCAUACCCGCAGGAAUUUACGUGUUCAUCAAAGUCGACUCAAGGAAAUGCUGGAAAUCAGCCGUCAGAGUCUUGUCAUCCGACAAAUCUAUAGCAUGGGGAGAUUCCGUGACCCUAACACAGGCAUCACCUUCAUUAUCAGUGGAGCUCAGAGCAUCUUACGAGGUCGACCGGACGCUUGGCAAUGGCGAAUUCAUCGGAAAACUUCAAACAUCAUGGAACGACCUGCUCGAUAAUGAAAAUGAACCAUUCGAACUGUUCUUCCCACCCAUCCGCAAUGUCACUCCUUCGCUCGCGCUGAAGGCCACUGUUGUACACGCUUGCGAUACUCAGGACAGCGCACCAUUUGACUCCCUCGUAGACUGCGAGAUUGCUCGAGAGACAGAUGCGGGUCACGCACAAUAUGCCGAAUACACGACUAGCAAGACAGUCUCGCACCUGAAUGGUGCUGUGGGGCGUUUUCAGUUGGUUCUGGACCGCUGUCCAGUCGACCAUCCUGACCACGCAGCAGCUCUCACCAACCUCGCGCGGGCCCGCCUUCAAGGUUACAUUCAAAACGAUCUCCAAGACAUUCAUGCCACCACUUCCCUCUUCCGCGAAGCCCUUGCAUUGCGUCCGCAGGGCCAUCCCAACCACACAUUAUCUCUCUUUCAUCUCAUUGCAGCAUUGAUCUGGUGCUACGUGAAGGAGCGCACCGCCGUCUUCAUUCACAAAUCCCUGCAGCUGUGCUGCAAGCUACUGCCGCUCUGUCCAGAAGGCACCUACCUUCGUAACAUCGCCAUAGACGCUGCGGUCAAUUAUGUGAUCAGCGAAUGUAACAAUCUUCCGAUCAAUGCACCUGACGAAGGCAUCCGCUUUCGACGAGUCGUGCUCGAGCUCUGCCCUCUGGGCCAUCAACGCCGUCCCAUUACUCUCACCACUCUUGCACUCACACUAAAAGCACGCUUUCAAGACCGCGGCAGCAUUGAUGAUCUAGAAGAGAGCAUACAACUUGGUCGUGAAGCCAUUUCUCUGUGCCCCGAGGGACAUUCUGACCGAGGCACCUGCCUGAACAACUUGGCCUUCUCACUCGACUCUCGCUUUGAUCACAAAGGCAAAUCUCAUGACCUCGACGAGGCCAUCUCCAUGCACGAAGAAGCGCUGAGCCUGUGGCCUGUUGGGCACAAAUUUCGUAGUGUCUCAUUGGACAACCUAGGGGGCGCCCUCCGCACCCAUUUCAACAUUUGCGGUGAUGUUGAUGACACCAACCGAGCUGUCAGCCUCUAUCGCGACGCACUGACGUUACGCCCACCUGGGCAUCCACGUCGUGACACCACACUUAACAACCUUGCCCUCGCGCUCCAAGAGAGAUGUGGCAAAUUGCAUGUCAUCGAGGAUCUUAACGAGGCCAUUGAUCUGUAUCGCGAAUCUCUUCGGUUAAAGCAGCUGGACCCUCCAGAGCGCCAUAGACAUCUUACAAAUUUGAGCUCGGCGCUCUGCUGUCGUUUUACGCAAACUCGGAAUGAUGAAGAUAUCGAGGAGGCCACUCGACUCUGCCAAGAGUCAUUGGCGGUAUUGCCACAACUCCACCCUGACAGGCACGACUCAUACUCCAGGAUAUGUGAGGCAUAUAUAUCUCGUUACCAGAUUCAGCACAAUCCUGCUGAUUUGUCACUCGCAAUGGAGAACUUCUGGCUGGCAUCACGACACCCUACUCAAGGAUUUCCGAGCCGUCUUGUUGAUGCAUAUACUUGGGCCGUCAAAGCGGAGCAGCAUGUUGAUGGAUCCGCACUUGAGGCUUACUCAACAUUUUUCGAGCUUCUUGAUGCUCAUUUGGGAACACAAUCAUCAACCACCUCGCGCCGCGAAGCUGCCACUGCCUUCCACUAUGCCAGAUCACUACCUGUAGACGCAGCAUCAUGUGCCAUCCGCAGUGACAAUCUCCGACGCGUGGUUGAACUUGCAGAGCAGGGCCGUGGCCAACAGUGGUCAUUGGCCUCUCGCCUGAGGAGUCCACUCGAAGAUCUCCAGUCCACGAAUCCCAAGCUAGCUCACAAAUUCUCGGAGCUCAGCAAACAACUUUCUGAUGCCCAGGGUUCCGCAACCAUCACCGACAAAGCUGCAGCUGAAGUAGCGGAAACAAAGUACAGGAGAAUUAUGACGCAAUGGGAAGCUGCAGUAGCUGAGAUACGUUAUCUUCGAGGUUUCUUCCGGUUCCUACUUCCACCUUCGUACGAAGACUUGCAAGUGGCAGCUCGCAAUGGCCCGGUCAUCAUCCUCAUUGCCAGCACAUACUCGUGCAGCGCCAUUGUUGUCCCAACGUCGGGAGAGCCCUACUAUGUUCACUUCCCGCGCAUCACUCUACCACAUCUAGAGAAGCUCAAAGACGAUUUUGCUAAGGCAAUCCUGCAUACGGCUCGUAUGCGCCCAGAGGAGCCAAGGAAGAAGUUGCAAGUGCUCUUGCGGAUAGUGUGGGAUGAGAUCAUGCUACCCAUCGUUAACGUCCUCCAGCAUGACCUGAAAUUGCGGCAUCGGUCUCGAAUAUGGCUGUGUCCGACGGCAGCCUUCACGUCCAUCCCUCUCCAUGCAGCCAACCCCUUCCGAGUGAAUGUAGAUCGCUCUGGGAGCGAGUCGUGCCUGGAGGAUCUCUACAUCUGCUCUUAUACACCCACACUUUCAGCUCUUAUUAGAGCUCGGCAGGCGAUGAAGACGUGUGCAACCUCGUCCUUCGCGGCGAUCGGACAAAGUCAACCAGGCGCAGGGCAAGGCGACGUGCUCCCGGCUGUUGACAGCGAGCUUGAGCCUGUCCAUACACUCGUUCCUCCCAACAUCAAGUUCACUAAUGUGUCGAAAGACGAAGCCACACAAGCAGGUGCGCUCAAUGCUUUGCAGUGCAACACCUGGGUGCACCUCGCUUGUCACGGCAAGCAAGACCUUGAGCAGCCUUAUAACUCAUGUUUCGCCAUGAGAGACAAACCUGUUACGCUGCUCGACAUCAUGGAGAACAAUUCUCCGCAAGCUGAAUUCGCAUUCUUGUCAGCAUGUCAUACCGCCGUCGGCGAUGAGGACACACCCGACGAAGCCAUCCACCUCGCAGCUGGACUGCAGUUUUCGGGGUUCAAGAGCGUCGUUGGCACGCUGUGGGGGGUCAGUGACGCUCUCGCAAAACACAUCGUGGAAGCUUUUUACAAGAAGAUGUUUGAAGACCUGGAGGAUGGUGUCAUAGACUGUACGAGGGCAGCCUGGGCACUCAACCGUGCUACUCAAGCUGUGAAGACGAAGGUGCCACUCGAGCAGAGAAUGGUUUUCAUACAUAUUGCUUCGUCAAUCCCAGAUGAGCUGUAUGCAAAUCUAGAUUACAGACUCGACCAGGAAACAGUCGGAGUUUAA